ACAUGAAAGAAUUGGGAACGCGUGCAUUGUUGUAUUUAGCAAGUGGACCAAAAAAAAGCUAACGCUCCGCCUUGCUUCCUGCACACGCUUCAGGCGUCUGUUUCUAUGGUAACGACCAACACUAACUGCCCUGUCUUGGCGACAGGGAAAUCGCCUUGGCAGAAAAAAAAUUGGUUUAUCAAGAGUUAACAUUUCCUCUCGAGCUGAAACAAUUCUGCAUUUGAUUGACCACAAUGGACGAAGAUGACGCGUCGGAUGUGGAGAACGGGGAAGAUAAUCAGGAAGAUGAGGACGAGGACGACGACGAAGCCACUGAGGUUCGCCCCUUGACUCAAGAUAUCAUCAUCCCUGGUCUCUCUUUGCUGUGCCGAACAGGGAAUGGACUGAAACACGCAUUCAUUAAAGCGAUCCUAAAUGACAAAGGACUCAGUGACAUCGCUGCUAUCAGCAAUUACAUUCAUUUGCGUUUCAUGGAUGUGUCCAACAACCGCAUUUCUGACCUUUCACCCCUGGCAUCUCUCACCCAGCUUCUUUGGCUCAAGGUUGACAGGAAUAUUGUAACCUACUUCCAAGGACAAGCCUUUGCACAGCUGGCCUACCUGCAGUGGCUGAGUAUGGCUGCAAACCGACUCACAGAUGUGGAUGGCCUUGUUGGACCAUCGUUGGAGAGUCUUAUUCUUUCAGAGAACCGCAUACAGACAAUAAAUGGUCUUGAAAGUAGCCAUUUUUCCAAACUGGUGACAUUAGAGCUGAGGGGAAACCGCUUAAGUACAACUAAGGGCAUCAACCUUCCCAAUCUGCAGCGAUUAUAUUUGGCCCAAAAUGUUAUUAAAAGUCUGGAGGGCUUGGAUCAGUUAGAGAGCCUCACCACCCUGCACCUUCGUAAAAACAAACUCGUUAACGUUGACGGGCUCAGCUCCAACAUGAAAUGUCUCCAGUACCUCAACAUCAGAAGCAAUGAUAUCUUAGAUGAGACCUGCUUGCGGUCCCUUGGCAAUGUGUCAAAAACCCUGCGAGUCAUGAUCCUCUCUGAGAAUCCACUGGACGGAAACACAGACUACAGACCGUAUGUUCUGACUCUGAUUCCAAAACUGGAGCGUCUUGAUAAAGAGCCUGUUUCCCUUGAGGAGAGGGCUGAGGUGUGGAAGGCAAUCAAGGAACUUGAAGAAGGCUGAAGUCAAACUUUUACAGUAAUUCCUCCAUUAACUUCCUGGAUAAGAUGGAAGACGGUGUUAAACUAUAGAAACCUUGAAACUUGCAUAUACUGUAUGUAUAAUAAUAUGCAUCUAUCCACAGUAUGCUAUUGUUGUAGUUUACUUCAUUACAUCUAUUUUACUGUUAAGCUUUAAAUGCUUAAAAUCAUUUAGUCAUGACAUAAACACUAGAAGAACUACAUCAAAAGGCAAUGUGUAGUGUAGUGAUGAGAAGGCACUUUUGCAACCACACUCCUGUUGGCUCCCAUCCAGCUGCAGUUUUAAAGCGAUAGUAACAUUGGAUGGACUAUACGUCGCCAUACAUUGACCUAGAUCAAUCAAAUCAGUGCUUCAGAUUCGAGAAACUAUGAUGUAAUUCCAUCUGCACACCUUGUCAUCGAACCACUGCAAAAACUUCUCGUCUUACUACUGUCUUGAAAUGAGUGGGUGCAGCUGUAAUUCAGGGAAAUUUCGCGAUGCAACUGCACAGAUUCUUCUGAGAGGAAGAAUUUAAGGGCAAAGGCCACUGCAACAUGGAGAACUGUUUAUUACACUGUUUUUAUGACUACACACCACUGUUUAUUCUGUUAUCUUGACCUUUUAACCCCAAAGCAAACCAUUAUUUAAAACAGCAGUGCUUCAUAAUAAAGUUUAACAAUUGACAACUUUUUCUUCAUAAUCCCCCCGAGACGCAGCAAUGCAUUUUUGUACUCUGUAAGGGACAAGUGUUUUAAAUGCAUAUACAAUAAUAAAACCAGUUGUGCUGUGGAGAGGACAC